AUGGCCCCCUACACCCAAACUUUCAAGUUGAACACCGGCGCCUCCAUCCCCGCCGUCGGCCUUGGCACCUGGCAAGCCUCCCAACCCGGUGAAGCCGCCUCCGCCGUCAAAACCGCCCUCCAAGCUGGUUACAGGCACAUCGACGGUGCGUGGAUCUACGGUAACGAACCCGAAGUCGGACAGGGUCUCAAAGAAUCUGGAGUCCCCCGUGAAGACGUGUUCGUCACCACGAAACUUUGGUGCACGAAACAUGAUGACCCCGAAAAGGCCUUGGAUGAGAGUUUGCACAAUUUGGGAUUGGAGUACGUUGAUUUGUAUUUGAUGCAUUGGCCUCUUCCCAUGAACCCCAAUGGUAACGACCACAAGUUCCCGAGAAAUGAGGAUGGAAGCCGUGAUAUUGUCGGCGUCUACGAGGAGGGGAAGGAGUUGCCCUUCAUUGCGACGUGGAAGCGUAUGGAGAAGUUGUUGGAUACGGGCAAGGUCAAGGCGAUUGGUGUUUCGAACGUCUCGGUGCCGUGGAUGAAAGCUCUUCUCAAGGAAGCCAAGGUCGUCCCCGCUGCCAACCAAAUCGAGCUCCACCCUUACCUCCCCCAACACGAUUUGGUUGAGUUCUGCCACUCCAACGGAAUUAUCUGCACAGCCUACUCCCCCCUCGGCAGCACCGGCUCCCCCCUCCUCUCCGACGCCGAUAUUAAGCGCAUCGCCGAAAAGCACAACACGGGCCCCGGAAACGUUUGCAUUGCGUACCAGGUCCAUCGUGGGGUGAGUGUGUUGCCCAAGUCCGUGACGGAGGGUAGGAUUAAGUCGAACUUCGAGGAUGUGAGCCUGGAUGAGGAGGAUAUGAAGACUUUGAAUGGGUUGUGCAAGGAGAGGGCGAAGAGGUAUGUUAAGCCGGAUUGGGGCAGCCAGUGUUUGAACUUGGGAUUUGAGGAUUGGGAUAAGUAUUAG